UUCUCACAGCGUUUCCUGUAUUUACGUUCUCUGAUUCAAGAGAAUGCAGCUGAAAUCGCCUCAUACAACACAGUGAAUUAAAUUAUUAUAAUCUUAAACAUUUAAAGUCAUGUUUUUGCGAUUCCCCGAAGAAUCUCAAUAUGGAUAAUCGCUGUUACUGCUGUGCAUCAAAGUUCACUCUCUUCAGAAAAGAGUUGGGUUGUAAAAGCUGUGGCCAUUCUUUCUGCUCUGGGUGUCUGACAUUCAGUGCUGUAGUGCCAAAAUAUGGAAACAGCCAGCAGAAAGUGUGUAAACAGUGUUAUGGAAACUUAACAAGUUCAGGCAACCAGAAUGAUGCUGGCAGAUGGUCUCCACCUGAAAACUACAAAAAGCGGGUUGCUGCUCUUGAAGCCAAACAAGCUCAGCAGAUUCAGCCGUCCAGACCUGGAGGUGGAAAGAACGAUGCUGUGAGUCGGAUUUCAACCCGAGGACUCAGUAAAGAGGACCUGGUCAUCGCAGAACGACUGAACAAGCUGAAAGAGGAAACCAAGCCGAAGUCCAUCCCCUCAGAGAAGGAUCUGGAGUCUCGUCUCGCGGCCUUAAAAGCACCGAUUCAGCCUGUUCCUUCAGAUAAAGACAUGGAGGAGCGUCUGGCCGCCUUACAGGGAAGACCUGCGCCCUCUCAAGCCCCACGGCCUGUUCAUCAGCCGCCCGACGGCAGGACUCAGACAGAACAGACCAAUGAUUUGCUCACCCAAAUGUCGGAGGAAGUUGCUAUUGAUAACCAGAAUCCAUCUUCAGAGGACGAACCAUUAAACGAUCUCAAUAAACAAGAGGGAGGGGGCGUGAAUGAGAACGUGGAUGACGGCGAGCUGUCAGUCAAACAGCUGGAGGCGGAGCAGAGCCGUGUGAUGGAGGAGGCCAUGCAGGAGCUGAAGAGAGACAAACACAACCAGGAGCAGAUGCGUGAGAUGGCCAAGAGACUGGCGGUGCUGCAGGGACACGACCCCGAACAAGUCAGACUGUCAGAUUUCCAGCAGCCUGACAGUGAUGAGGAGACAGAAGAAGAGGCCAUCAGCAGGGUGAUGAAGAAGUUAUCAGAGGAGGCGGCUCUAGAUGAGGCCAGCGGCUACAACAUCCCACCAGAGCUCAGCGGCCCGAUGAACAGAGAGAAGGACACGUCCGGCAGGAAACCGCGGUCUAAAUCAACGCUGCCGGCUGCCGCCUCACAGAUCCAGCGCUGUAAUGAUGAAGACAGCGAUGAGGAGGAUGAUGAAGAGCUGCCGUGGUGCUGCAUGUGUAAUCGAGACGCCACCAUCCGCUGCCACACGUGUGAGCGCGAUCUGUACUGCUCCCGCUGCUUCAGGGAAGGCCACGACAAAUACGACAGGAAAGAGCAUCGCACUUCCACAUACACGGCUCCUAAGAAAGGCAAGAAGAAAACAUGAACCUCAGUGUGCAGCAGCAUAUAUAGAUAUAGAUAUAUUAGGUGAUUAACAUAUUAAACUCCUCAUGCUUUUGACCUCUCCGAUAGCCAGCAGAAGAUAAUAAUGUUGCUGAAACACGUUAAGGACGACACAAAGCAGCCUUAGACUCACGAUUGUUAAUAUUAUGUCAUUGUGAACUCCAAUAAAACACUUGAACUGACAGCAGGUCAUGUGCUCGAGAACAGUCAUGUGUUUUAUCAUUUCAGCUGCUUCUUCUGAUCUGUACGGCUGUAUUCUGGGCGUUGGUGUUUAUGUCAGUUGUAAAGCGUGUCUCAUUCAUUUACGCGCUCAAGAUGAAGAAUAGCUCGUCUGUGUUGGUUAGACCAGCUCUGUACAUCAUCUUCCCUGCGCUGGCAUUUCCAUGUCGUCAUGAAUAAUGAAACGGACAGUAUUGAGAGCAAGCAGACGCUGUCGGGCCGUCACACAAACACAGACGUAUGACAGGAAGUGGAGUGCAUUAGUGUUUGAGAGCGAUACUGACGCUCUCUAGAGACAUUGAAGACGCUAGAGGAUUUGUUGUUGUUGUUGUUGUUAUUGCUUGUUUUGUGCUUUAUAUUUUUCUCAGAUUCACUGGCACUGGCUCAGAUCAAUAAAAACUAACUCAAUACAAAUAAAUGGAGAAAAGUG